AUGGCACCAAACAACUUUAAAAUCGGUGUGGUUGCAGUGCUUGCGGGAUGGAUUCCGUCAGUUACUGCCGCACCAGUUGGCAGCAAUAGUGAUCAAACAUGUAGGAAGACGUCUGUGGCGAUAUUAGGUGCAGGAAUGGCAGGCAUCACUGCUGCUCAAGCCCUACAUAAUGCCUCCGUGCCAGAUUUUGUCAUUAUUGAGUACCAAGAUCGAAUUGGUGGACGGGCGUGGCAUGGCGACUUUGGCAAAAAGUCAGAUGGAAGCCCGUAUGUUAUCGAGUAUGGAUGUAAUUGGAUACAAGGUCUCGGCAAUCCUGGAGGCCCAGAGAAUCCCGUGUAUACACUAGCCAAAAAAUACCAUCUCGCCAAUACCUACUCGGAUUAUGACUCCAUCUUGACUUAUGAUGAAACGGGCUACACGGACUAUUCUGGCCUCAUUGAUGAAUAUGGAACUGCAUAUGACAAAGCUGCCGCAAAGGCUGGCCGUUUGCUUGUCCAGAAUUUGCAGGAUCAGACCAUGCGUGCCGGCCUAUCUACUGCGGGAUGGAAUCCCAAACACGGCGAUAUGAAGAGACAGGCCGCUGAGUGGUGGAACUGGGACUGGGAGGCUGCUUUCCCACCCGAAGAGUCAUCCUUCAUCUUUGGUGUUGCAGGCAGCAACCUCACCUUUAACCAGUUCAGCGACGCCAACAACUUUGUCAUUGACCCACGCGGUUACAGUGCCAUCAUCGACGGCGAAGCUUCAACGUUUCUCACCAAGAACGACACCCGCCUGCUCCUCAACACUCGCAUCACAAACAUCACCUACUCCGAUCACGGCGUCACAGUGUACAAUCAUGACGGUAGCUGCGUAUCUGCGGACUACGCCAUUUCGACUUUUUCACUGGGCGUGCUUCAGAGCAAUGCGAUUGGCUUCUCGCCGCAGUUGCCGGGGUGGAAGCAAGAUGCGAUUCAGAACUUCGCCAUGGGCACGUAUACCAAGGUCUUUUUGCAGUUUAACGAGACGUUCUGGCCUGAAAAUACGCAGUACUUUUUGUAUGCUUCGCCUACUACGCGGGGCUAUUAUCCUGUUUGGCAGUCCCUCUCGACCGAAGGCUUCAUGCCGGGCUCCAACAUCAUUUUUGCAACUGUCAUUGGUGAUGAGUCUUACCGUAUCGAGCAACAGACGGAUGAAGAGACAAAAGCAGAGGCCAUGGAGGUUCUCCGCCAAAUGUUUCCCAAUGUCACUAUCCCGGAACCCAUUGCAUUUACAUAUCCUCGCUGGACUUCUGAGCCGUGGUCUUUCGGAAGUUACUCAAAUUGGCCAGCAGGCACUUCAUUGUUGGCUCACCAGAAUCUGCGAGCUAAUACUGGACGAUUGUGGUUUGCGGGUGAGGCUACCAGUGCUGAGUACUUUGGGUUUCUUCAUGGAGCUUGGUUUGAGGGCCGUGAAGCGGGUGCGCAAGUUGCGGCACUGUUGCAAGGGCGGCCUUGUGUGCAGUACGGAAAUGAUAGGCUUUGUGGAGAGAGGAAACAUUACGACCCGUUGACGGGGACGUCGCCUUUGAGUCAGUAUACUUUGUUGAAUGGAUGGGCUGUGAGCAGCCUCUAUGAGAGUGGCGAUGAUUGA